AUGAACCGGGUCUGGGCUGCGUUCAAAGCCCACCCGUACAUCAGCAACGUCCUGGGCUACACGGCGCUGUUCGCCUCGGCCGACCUCUUCCAGCAGAGGGUUCUGGGUCAGAACCCUGGCUCGGAGGAACCGGCUACCGUGGACUGGACUCAGACGGCCCGGGUGGCCACUGUCGGCUUCUGCUUCCACGCCAACUUCAACUACCAGUGGCUGGGAGGGCUGGAGAGGCUGCUGCCGGGCGGCGGCCUGAAGGCGGUGGCAGGGAAGGUGGUUCUGGACCAGCUGGUGGCGGCGCCGCUCACCAUCAGCGCCUUUUACAUCGGUUUAAGUUUCCUGGAGAACAAAGACGACCUGCUGGAGGACUGGAGGCAGAAGUUCUGGACGUCUUAUAAGACCGGAGUGGUGUACUGGUCGACCAUGCAGGCGAUAAACUUCACCUUCGUCCCUCCGGUGGCUCGAACUGUGUUUCUGGGAGGCGUCGCUCUGACGUUCACCAUCUUCCUGUGUCACCUCAGACAGCAGCGAGACCACAAACAGGACUGA